AUGAACAUUGAAAGCUGUGGACAGGGUCUCCAAAAGCCAACCUUUCACCAGACUUCCAACAUUGAGGCAAUCAAGGAAGAUUUCUAUAGCAAGGGAAUUGUCUUCAUUGAAGGAUGUGACGAAAAAGAUCUCGCUGAGUUGGCGGCAAAAUUUGGAAGCAUUGUCAAACCUCGUAACGAGAGCACCAGUUGCAGCGGCAUUAGCAACAUUCGGUUCGCUCCCUCGCUGGUGGGAAAAGGGUAUAGUUCUCAAGAGCUGCACUUCCACACUGAUCGUAGUGGCUGGGACAACCCACCUCGUGUUCUAGCUUCGCUUCUAAAGAGCAAGUCCACUGAGGGAGGCGCCUCAAUCCUUGCCGAUAGUGUUGGCAUCCUCAAGGACAUUCAGGAAGAGGAAGAUGAUCUCUACAAGCUGAUCACCAACCCAAAGCACUCCACAUUCCUUAACGAGGAGGGUGUGCUUGUGCCCCGUCCUAUCUAUGAUGAGACCACUGGCCUGUUCCGUUUCCGUUUUGAUGACAGUAUCCACCUUUCUGCAUCUCUUGUCGCUCUCUUCCCUCGACUGUUCAAGAUCCUAUACCGCAAUGCCUUUGCUGUGGAGCUGCAGCAGGGACAGGGAUACCUACUUGACAAUCACCGCUUCCUACACGGGCGUACCGCAUUCACUGGCUCGCGCGAGCUGCUCAGGGCACUGGUAAACUUCCCGCCUCCGCAGCCUACUAUCAAUCUUCUGUUUGACAUUGACGGAACGCUCUGCCGCUCUGAGGAGCUCAGUGUUGAUGCGUUUUACACCUGCUUGACCGAUCUCAUUGGCAAGCCUAUCACUCACGCAAACACCACCGUGGGUCUGCAUGGUAGAACGGACCUAGGUCUUUUGUAUGACAUCCUUGACCACCACGGAGUACAGCCAAAGUCUUGCAUUGCCAAGAGGUUUUUCCAGGUUCAUCCCUCGUACAUGCAGAAAUCCCUUGACAAAGGACUUUUCGCCGCCACCUGUCGAGGAGUCACCGAAAUUUUGGGGUGGCUCACCGGGAAGAGAGAAACCCUCACUACGCCAAUCCUCCGCAUCGGGCUCAUGACCGGAAACUCGAAGACCAAUGCCCUUUCGAAGUUGAAGUCUGCAGGAAUCAACAUCGCCAUCUUCGACCUGGCUGUCUCCUCCUUUGGAGAUGUUCACAAUGACCGCCUCUCCCUUAUUGAGGACUCCAUGACCAAGAUCCGCGCCAGAGAUGGCCGCGACCUCCCCAAAAGUAAGACUAUUGUUAUCGGAGAUACUCCGCUCGACGUCGAGUGCGCCAAAAAAGCAGGAUGCGCCGUUGUUGCCGUUGCAAGCGGAAACUAUGGCCUUGACGACCUUGCUGCUCUUGAGCCGGACAGUGCCGUUUCGUAUAUUGGUGAAGCAAAGGAUUUCCUUCAGUCGCACUUUGUACCUUCCAUAACUGCGACUGGUCCUUGA